AUGAAGGUCUCUGUGGCUGCCCUCGCCAUUCUCAUCGCCACCUUCUGCUACCAGACCUCUGCUGCACCAAUGGGUUCUGACCCUCCCACCUCCUGCUGCUUCUCCUACGUCUCCCGGCAGCUGCACCGCAGCUUUGUGGUGGAAUACUACGAGACCAGCAGCCACUGCCCGCAGCCAGGCGUCGUGUUUGUGACGAGGAAGGGCCGCGAGGUCUGCGCCAACCCUGAGGAGGGAUGGGUCCAGCAGUACAUGAGUGAUCUGGAGCUGAACUGA